UUUGUUGUAUCUUUUCAGAAAAAAGAGAAAGCUGUCAAAGACUUUAAAAAGGAUGUGAUAACGUAUACAAGCAAUACUCCUGAUGGAGCUAAGAAGGACAUUGAUGGCCCUAUGCCUGAUUCCUAUAGUCCUCAGUAUGUGGAAGCGGCCUGGUAUAGCUGGUGGGAGAAACAGGGUUUUUUCAAGCCCGAGUAUGGCCGUAAAAGUAUUUCGGAACCUAAUCCGAAUGGAAAAUUUGUAAUGGUCAUCCCACCUCCUAAUGUAACUGGCUCCCUUCAUCUUGGUCAUGCAUUGACUAAUGCUGUGGAAGACUCAAUUACUAGAUGGCAUCGCAUGAAAGGACGCACAACUCUGUGGAACCCGGGCUGUGAUCAUGCCGGUAUUGCCACCCAGGUGGUCGUGGAGAAGAAGCUGUGGCGGGAGGAGGGCAAGACCAGGCAUGAUGUCGGACGAGACAAGUUCAUCGACAAAGUGUGGCAGUGGAAGCAUGAGAAAGGUGACCGCAUCUAUCUACAGCUGCGAAAACUGGGCUCGUCGUUCGAUUGGGACCGCGCCGCCUUCACGAUGGACCCGAAACUGUGUCGUGCUGUGGUCGAGGCCUUUGUGCGCCUGCAUGAUGACGGAGACAUCUACAGGAGCAACAGACUCGUCAACUGGUCCUGUUCGCUUAAGUCGGCUAUAUCCGAUAUCGAGGUGGAUAAAAUGGAAUUGCCGGGAAAAACGUUCCUUUCAAUCCCUGGUUACAAGGAUAAGGUUGAGUUUGGAGUGCUGGUCUCAUUCGCGUACAAGGUUGAAGGCGGGAGCGACGAGCUGAUUGUGUCGACGACUCGUAUCGAGACUCUGUUCGGAGACACGGCGGUGGCUGUACACCCCGAGGAUCCCAGAUACAAGCAUCUGCAUGGCAAGCGGGUGGUACAUCCCUUCUGCGACCGCACUUUGCCCAUUGUCACCGAUGACUUUGUGGACAAGGAAUUCGGAACUGGUGCUGUGAAAAUAACUCCAGCGCACGAUCACAACGAUUACGAGGUUGGGAAACGACACAAUCUGCCGUUCUUGACAGUGAUUGAUGAGAAUGGAAUUAUGACCGGGGAUUGUGGCAAGUUCACUGGUAUGAAACGUUUCGAAUGCAGGAAAGAAGUGAUCAAAGCUUUGGAAGAGUUGAAACUCUACAAAGGACAGUUUCACACGCCAUGUGUACCUAUUUGCAGUCGCUCGAAAGAUGUAGUUGAGCCUCUCAUCAAGCCCCAAUGGUACAUCAAAUGCGGGGAUAUGGCUCAGAAAGCAAUGGAUGCUGUAAGCUCAGGAGAACUGAAGAUCAUUCCAGAAUUUCAUAAUAAGACAUGGUUCCAUUGGAUGGAGAAUAUCAGGGAUUGGUGUGUAUCCAGACAAUUGUGGUGGGGACAUAGGAUUCCGGCCUACUAUGUGACUAUCGAUGAUCCCUCUGUGAAAGCAGGAACGGAAAUCGAUAACGAAUAUUGGUAAGCGGGCGUUCGGAGCAGGACUGCUGAAAAGGCAGCUAAGAAGUUUGGAGUUCCAGUUUCAAAAAUCAAAUUGAAGCAAGGACCCGAUGUGCUUGACUGGUUCAGCUCGGGACUGUUUCCGUUCUCCAUAUUUGGAUGGCCGGAAGAG